GAAGACCUGGUCAGGGAAUGGGAUUGGCGAAAUGUCAGCGGGGUCAAUUACCUGUCUCCAGUCCGAAACCAACAGAUACCUGUCUACUGCGGCUCUUGCUGGGCCAUGGCUACGACAGCAACGCUGGCUGACAGAUGGAACAUAAAGAGGAAGGCUGCUUGGCCGCCCACAUACUUAUCAGUCCAGAAUGUGAUUGACUGUGGCAAUGCUGGGACUUGCGAGGGAGGCUGGGACAGCACGGUCUAUGAGUACGCAGCUGGGAAGGGGAUCCCUCCAGAGAGCUGCAACAGCUAUGUGGCGGUGGACGGGCCAGCAUGCACCGACCUGCAGCAGUGCUUCUCCUGCAACCCAAGUCCCACAGACAACAAGGUCUGCGUCCCCGUGAGAAAUUACAAGCGGCUGACGGUGCUAGAGCACGGGCGGCUCUCGGGCCGCGAUGACAUGAUGGCUGAGAUCCAAGCGCGCGGGCCCAUCACAUGUGCCAUCAAUGCAACUGCCUCCAUGGACAGGUACAAGGACGGCAUCUUUGCGCAGUACAACGAUAACUUCGGCGUCAACCACAUGAUCAGCGUGGUGGGCUGGGGAGUGGAGAAUGACACAGACACGGAAUACUGGAUCGCGCGCAACUCGUGGGGCGAGUGGUGGGGUGAGGACGGCUUCUACCGUACAGUGACGAGCGCGUACCGUAACGGCACCGGCGAUUACUACAAUGCCGGCAUCGAGCGGCAGUGCGGCUGGGCCGUCCCGGACAAAUUCGGCGCGGCGGCCGCCCUCGGCUUUGGCCCCUCAAAGUCUAAUUUUAGCAGCAGCGCAGCGGGGGGUGACUCGACGCACAUCACUAAUAGUUUCCGUGUAGAGGGUCAAACCUGA